UUUAUAUCCUCGCAAUAUUAUGCCGUCCGAUAGCGGCAAACAUUCCCAGCCAAAUACUCGUCGUAAGAGAGAGGUAAUUACGAUUCCUAUUACGCUAAAGCCGAUACCGGCGACCCUCUCCAUUCGGCCUUCUCCAUUCCUCGCUACCCCCGCGAUCGCCCGCGUAAUCCGCGAAAUAAUCCUCGGAGAGACCCGCCCGGUCCGAUGCAAUUUCGCGCGAAUAUGAAUAAGAAUCACGACUCACGCGUGACUCGAGGCUUUCUCCAUGCGGCGAAGUUAGGGCGCUGCCGGGCGGAGCAGGCAGGUAGGGUUGGCGUCGAGAAGAACCAUGGUGGAGGUUUAGGGUGGUGGAAAUGGUGGCGAUGGUGGUGGUGAGUGACCGACUGCGCAGACCCCAAAGUCUCGCAGCCGCGAGUACGUAGUCAAACUCCGGCUCAGUAAGGACUGUGGUCCCCGUUUGCAGUGCAGUUCGAAAUCUCCGGGAGCGAUCCGCGGUUCUUUCGUUUUUCCUCUCUUUCUCUUUCUCUCUCUCUCUCUUUCUCCUAUCUUCUCUUUCUUUCUCCACCCCUUCCUCUCUUUUCUCCCUUUCUUUACAAGCUUCCUCCCGUCUUUCUCUCUCUCUGACUUCUCUCCUCGCCUCUCAUCAUCUAUCUUCUAUCGUCCCUACUCUCAUAAGCAUUCUCUUUGCUCGCAAAAGCCGCUUCCUCAACUGUUUCACUCGCGGUUUGUCCGUCAACACGCACUCGGCGCGCGAUCAACACGCGCGACAAGCGAUUCGGGAUUGAUGGAUACGAGCGAAAUAUAUUGGACAAGCCCCGGCAAUUCAAGGUGUCUUCAUGGCGAGUCACGUGUAUCGGCGAUCCGGUGAUUCGAGAGAAUCUCAUUAAUUCGGCUCGGGCCGAGUGCGCUAUGGGACGUGCGUGUUCCGCCUGAUCGUAUCGGCGGGUAUCUAUCACUGGACAAGUUCAUCGGUGGAACCCCAGACCGCGGGGGUCUCACGGGGUGAAUCUGACGAGUGCGUGGCAAAAAUUCGCUCGGGUGUAUCGGGUCGAUGUGCACAAGUCCGAGGAAACUCACUGACACUUUGCGUCGCUCGGUGGUAGUUCCAGUCCGGAAGAAGCUCAUAUGGAAUGGCAUCACGUGGACCGUCGUCGCCGUCGACGCUGCCGAUCGCGAUAGCGAUGGUCGCCGUGAUGACAACUGUGGCUAGUGGCAUCUGUCCGGCGCGAUGUCGGUGCGACGACGAAAGUCUACGCACCUCUUGCGCGUACGCCGAUCUCGAGGUCGUGCCGAUCCAAUUGAACCCGGAGAUUCAUCACUUGGAUCUCUCCAAGAAUCGCGUUACCAGCGUGCAUCUCAGCUUCGGUUUCUACGGGAAUCUCGAGAGCCUCGAUCUCAGCUCGAAUCUCAUCCACACAUUGGGCCAGGAGAAUUUCGGUCUGCAACAAAACUUGCUUGCGCUAAACGUCAGCAACAACGCGAUUCACACGCUAGCGAAGAACGCUCUGCGAGGACUUACAUCCCUGAAGGAAUUAAAUUUGGCCGGCAACAACAUCUCGCACAUGGAUGAGCAGGCGUUCAAGUACACCAGCGAGCUGGAAGUGUUGAAUCUGAGCGACAAUUCGAUUACGAGUCUGCCUGACGACCUGCUGACGAAUCUGCAUAAGAUACGAACAUUGAUCCUAAGCGAAAAUUCGCUAUUGGAAAUACCGACGAAUAAUCUGGUGCUAGCGCCAAGUUUGGAACGAAUAGAUAUGUCGUACAAUUUAAUAUUGGAACUCGAUCGAGACUCCUUGCCGUCAUUAUCAUCGCUGAUCUCUCUAAAUUUAUCGAACAACGUUAUUCGAGGCAUCGCCGACGUCGCCUUCGAUCGUCUGCCGGAUCUCUUGUAUCUAGAUUUAUCCGGGAACAAUCUAACGUCUGUGCCUACGGCCGCCUUGGCCAGACUGAGCGUUCUGACGAGCCUCGUUUUAAGCACGAAUCCUCUCGGGUCUUUAGAGGCCGUGGCCUUUCGCAAUCUCUUCGAGUUGAGGAACUUGGAACUGAACGACUGCAUGAUCGCGAGCGUGAACGCGCGAGCGUUCGCCGAUAACGUGAAUCUCGAGCGCAUCUCGAUGGACGGCAAUCGAGAAUUGAAGGAACUACCAGUGCGUGUCUUAUACGGGGCUCGAUACCUCAGAUGGGUCUCGUUACGUCGAUGCAGCCUGGCGACAUUGCAACCAACGCAAUUUCCGGUCGACGGUCUGUCGCACCUGCGUGUCGGCGGCAAUCCUCUCGUGUGCAACUGCUCGGUCCACUGGCUGUGGAAUGUGAUUCGCGCCGAGGAGCGGCGCAACGAGACGCAGCUCGAACUGGACACCCACGACAUCGUCUGCAGCGAUGAGGAAUUCGCCGGCAAGACGCUGAUCGCUCUACCCGAGGGCUCCCUACGGUGUCGCUUGAGUCCAUUGUAUCUGUCAUUGUCGGCCGCCGGUUGUCUGGCGGCUGCCGCGACCGUGCUCGCCUUGAUCGCUCAUCUCACCCGGGCCAAGAGGAAGAGACGCUCGUCGCUGGCGUACGCCGCGCCGAACCGUCCCGAGUUCCUGGUCUACGUGGGUAGAAGCGACAACGGGUUGGACAAGAACGCCGAGUCGUACAGUCGCCGCUUGUUGGCCAGGAACAACGACGACAUGUCGUACGAUUCGCCGCGUGGCAAGACGGCGGUGGCCGCGUCGGCGACCGAAUGUAGCCCGCAGUCGCAGGACACGAACAUCUACGAGACGCCGCGGUACGCCCGGCCCGGGCAUCGCGACGUCGUCGAUCCUUCGUCCUUCGGGAAGCGGCCGAUGGAGGAAGGGGUGUACGCGGUGGCGGACGUGACCGAUCUGCGGGACGAGCCACCGGAAGUGCUAUCGCUUUAUCGCGCGCGCAGUCCUUCCACCAGAUCGAACGCUCUGCGGCGACUGGACUAUGGCUACGAUUACGAGUACGAUUACGAUUACGAGCCGGCACAUCAGUCGCCGCCGCCGCCACCGCCGCCCCCGCUUUCCGAGAAGCCGCACGUUGUCUUUGUGUGAGGGGGACGCUGUGGGUCCAGCUGUAGCUGUAAUUCGGGGAUAGUCUAGUCGUUAAGGCGAGCCGGAUGCGCCACCAACUCCUUAUCGCGGGCUUUUAACGGUCCAAAAUAUCUCGGGAUUACUGCCUCGACGACGUCCGACGUCUUGAUCGCUCGAGCGUCGCCCUGCGUAUGUGAUGAGAGGACUGCGAGUAUAUUGCUGGAAUGGCGCGGAAGAAAGAUUUACACUAUCCGAGCUUCACGGUCGUUAAAUUUACGCAACUUACGACAUCGCUUUGAAACGUUCGCUUCGGUGUUGUACACGCUACGUCUCAUCGCAUACGAGGACCAGCAAGCUGCAAGUUGUAUACACGGUUAAACGUUUGAGCAAUAGUAAUGUUCGUUCGAUCAGCACGAGAGGAAAAAGAGAGAAUAAGGGAGAGAAAGGAGAGAAGGAGGGAACGACGUUCCACCGCUGCUCCGAACAAUUUUAUACCGCGGUAAGACGCGAGGGUGGCGUCGAUGCAGGUGGACAUUACUUUCCACUUGGCGCUUGAAAAUGAUCGAUAUCCCAUCGCCGUCGGGAAAGCGGAUUAUCCUGAAAUUCUGUUACUCGAGCGCGAAUGUGCCGUGUUUUGUCCGUAAGAAACCGAGACUGGUUGCGGCGCGUCCGCUGAAAUUAUACCCCUAGGACAAACAGAAGCAACCGUGGAUGAGUGAAAAUGAAAUGUCUUCCGAGAUAGUUGCGUCGCUGCUAGAGAAAGAGAGGGAGGGAGAGAAAGGAAAAGAGUGAGAGAGCGAGAGAGAACGAGAGAAAGAGCCAGGAUGCAUUCUCACUGAGGGAACACAAUCCGACUUGGAAUGUAAAUUGUGCGGGAACGUAAGAGAGUACGUUAUGUUAGAACCGUGGACCGUGAAGAGAAAGAAGCAGAGAC